GUCGGACAGGACGACCUCGUCGGGUUACAUCACACCUCCUGAGACGCCCUCGGAGCAAAAGAUGCGAUACAAGACCCCGUCACCGCAGCUCCGUCGCGUCAGGCCCCAAAGCCCGCUGACCACGACUUACAUCUCACGACGCAACGCCGUACGUCGAACGCCCCCACCUCAGUCGUCCGAGUAUCUUGAGCGGUACAACCCAAUUCGGUCGCCGUCGCCGCGAUUGCGAACCAGGCAGCCGGUCAUGGUCGAUUUGGAACGAGCGAGCCGUGGAGCUGGUUCUGGACUCUCACGCGAGCCGGCUACCAUAACAGACGAAAGCAGGAACAGUCAAGGACCGUAUCAGAGUACGGACAGAACCCUUUCGGACGGGGCAGAUUCGCCUCGAGAGAUGGGAAAGAAGAAGAAUAUGCAAGCCUUGCGGAAAUUAUUUGGCGGUAGGUGAGAGCUCUCAGGCGCCUCCCGGACCCUGAACAGCCGGCUUGAGGUAUCCUUAUCACUAGCAGCAGUGCAGAAUGCAGUAACAUUUGGAAUAGAAGGAUAAUCACCAAUUGUACUCUGGC